AACCAAACCAGAGCUGGUUUUUGAGUUUCUACUUCUUAAACAAUGGAUCGUCACAGGUUCUUUUUCUUGUUUCCAAUCUUCAUAUUAGUUUUGAUUCCCCUUCACUCCUUCGCUCAAUUGUCGCCCUCUGAAAACCGAAUCCUUUUUGAAAUUCAACAAAUCCUAGAGUUCCCACCUUCCCUUGAGGGAUGGAACAACUGGACCAACUUCUGCUAUCUCCCUCCUUCCCAGUCUCUCCAAAUCGUCUGCUCAGGUAACCAUAUAACCCAGUUGACUAUCGUCGGCAACAAAAGCUCCCCUUCUCGGUCCCCACAAUCUGCUCGAGGAAAGUUUGCUGUUUCUCAGCAAACUCUGUCUGAAGCAUUCUCCAUCGAUACGUUCUUCACUGUUCUUACCAAGCUUUCCAGCUUGAAUGUGCUGUCACUAGUAUCCUUGGGCUUGUGGGGUUCACUACCUCGCAAGAUCACUCGUUUCCAGUCACUUGAGGUUCUCAACAUGAGUUCAAAUUUCUUGUACGGAGAGAUCCCUGCAGGGAUUGCUUCCUUAAAAAAUAUCAGGAGUAUUGUAUUGGCUGAUAAUUUGUUAAAUGGAACGGUUCCUGAUCUCUCCAGCUUAAUAGCACUAGAAGAAGUAGAUCUGAGUGACAAUCUUCUAGGACCCAAAUUUCCUUCUCUUGGAAACAAGCUUGUGAGCAUUGUAUUAAGAAACAACAGUUUUCUGUCUGGGAUUCCUUUGGAGUUCAAGACCUUCAAUCAGUUGCAGAGAUUGGACAUCUCCUCCAACAAGUUGGUUGGACCGAUCCCAUCUGCUCUGUUUUCUCUGCCAUCGAUCCAGUACCUCAACUUGGCCAUGAAUAGACUUAGUGGAGCUCUUCCAAGGAAUGUAUCUUGUAACCAUGGGCUUGCGUCUGUGGAUCUUUCUCACAACCUUUUAACUGGAAGAUUGCCCUGGUGCAUUGGAUCUAAUUCUUCAGACUUGGUUGUGUUUUACUCAUGGAAUUGUUUGGCAAGUGGGAGCUCGAAGUACCAACACCCUUUCUCCUUUUGUGAUAAUGCAGCAUUGGCUGUCAAGCCUCCGACUGAGAACCAGAACAGUGAGCCUAGAAGCAAAUUAGGCCUCAUAAUUGGUAUUGCAGUGGGUACCGUGGUAGGUGGUAUUGCAAUGGUGGUUGUGUUCUUGUUAAUUUUUAUGUGGGCUGGAGUGAGAACAUCUGCAGACAAUAAAUUUGAGAAGUCUAGAACUGGAAAACCAUUUUUUCGCAGCUCUACGGUACUCCUUACUGAUACAAGGCAUGUGUCCCAUGCAAUGAGGAUGGGAGCUUUUGGGCUCCCCCCAUAUCAUGAGUUCACCUUGGAGGAAAUAGAAGAAGCUACAAAUAACUUUGACCCAGCAAAUUUGAUGGGACAAGGAUCUAAGGGACAGCUAUACAAAGGUUGGCUCAGAGACGGUUCCUUGGUUGUGGUAAGAUGUUUGAAAUUGAAGCAAAGGCAUUCACCUCAGAGCUUACUCCAGCAAAUGGAAGUAAUUUCUAAGCUCAGGCAUCGGCAUUUGGUUGGUCUUCUUGGGCACUGCAUUGUCACAUACCAAGAUCACCCCAAUGUGUCUAAUACCGUCUUUCUAGUCCUUGAGUAUGUUUCAAAAGGGACGCUGAGGAGUCAUCUUACUGACUGGAGGAAACGAGAAAUAUUGAAAUGGCCACAAAGAGUAGCAAUUACUGUUGGUAUCACUAGGGGAAUCCAAUUCUUGCACACAGGAAUUGCACCUGGCAUUUUCGGAAAUGAUUUAAAGAUUGAGAAUAUUUUGUUGGAUGAGAAUCUUACUGCAAAAAUUAGUGGCUACAAUCUUCCCUUGCCAGUCAGGGUAGGUUCAGAGAGCGCUUCCACUGGAGGAGAAGCUCUUGAUCAUCAUGGCAGUGUUAAAAAUUCAGAGAAGGAUGAUGUUUAUCAUCUGGGUGUCAUUCUACUAGAGGUAAUCACUGGUAAACAAGUCAAGUCCGAGGACGAUGUGAAUGUGCUGAAACUUCAGCUUGAGGAAAGUUUAAUGGACAUUCCAUCAAAACUACGAGGUGCAACAGAUCCUUCCAUGCGGGGCACCUUUGCAUACGAGUCUUUAAAAACAACAGUUGAAAUAACCCUCAACUGUCUAUCCAAAGAACCUAGCCAGCGUCCAUCGAUAGAUGAUGUUCUCUGGAAUUUGCAGUAUUCAGUUCAAGUUCAAGAUGGAUGGAACGGCAGUGGAAAACUUAGUGGAAAUCUCAGCGGUAAACUUAGUGGUUUCCUUGGUGGGAGACUUAGUGGGAGCUUUAAUACUCAAUGAUAAGGUUUCAGUUAGCACUCUUCUUGGUCUUCUUAAAUCUUGCUGCAACUUCAAUACAUGUUAAUUCUUUGUUUAUCUUGAUGCUUUGUUUUUUAAAAGGUUUUUUUUUUUAAUAAUAAAAAUGCUUGUGAAGUUUAUGUCCAUUCCAAUAAAACCCAAAUUCAAGAGCAUCCUUAUUAACAGAUUCUUAAUGGAGUUUAUAUUCAUGUUCUUUUCAGCAUGGUCACAGAUCAACUGUUAACC